AUGGCGGUGAUACCAACAGCUCCCCAGCUCCCAGAGGAAGAUAACCAUUCAGACUUCGGUGAUUUUGCACAUAACAGUGAUGAAGAAGGUGAUCUUGAAGAGCUUGCAAAACCCUGGCACAAGUACGCUACAAAGGAAACACCACAUGUCUUCUAUCCCAUCUGUCUUGGAGAAGUGCUCAAUAACAGAUAUCUGGUAGAGCACAAAAUCGGCUUUGGUGGUUUCUCAACUGUCUGGAUGGCCCAUGAUCUCCAAGACAAAAAGGAUGUAGCUCUCAAGGACGAAAUUACUCGGAGUGUGCAAGAUACCUCACACCUUGUGACAUAUUUGGCAACCUUUAUGCUCCCCGGAGAUGGUGGCCACCACAGGGCGCUGGUGCUUCCCUUAAUGGGCCCGCCACUUUGCUAUUUUACGGCGAGAAACAUGUCCGUGGCAACCCGCAUGUCUGCCGCAAAGCAGUUGCUAGUGGCUUUGGGAAAUCUACAUAAAGCAGGAACUAUACAUCGUGGUGAGCAAGAACUAGCUACUCUCCCCUCUAACGAUUUGAAUGAGAGGAACUGUAUGUGGGGGAUGGCUCCUAUGCACCAUCUCAGCCGCAGCGCAAAGUAUAAGGCACUCAGUCGACCAUUAAAAGAGAUUAUACCAGGCAUUGAUAACCUUUGGAAACGGGGAGAACUUGUACAUCCUAUUAGUAUCCCUGAUGAUCUGCGUACAGACGAGUUAUUUCUUGGGGAUUUUGAUCUGGCCAUGAAGCAUGGUGACCCCGCGCCCCAACGCGGUUAUCCGCCUAUGAAAUUCUGUUCCCCGGAUCGACUUCGUAAUAAGGGCUUAACUGUUGCCUGCGACAUGUGGAGUUACAUGAUCAUCUUCUCAAUACUUUACCUUGGCGGCCCGCCUUUUCCUCCGUUUCUGAAGGGAGGUAUAAUCAGUGGUAUUGUUAGAAGAUUGGGGCCAUUACCUAAAGAGUGGAAAGGCCUUUACACAUAUCCAAAGGGCCUCGACUCUUGGUAUGAUGAGAAUCAACCUACUGAUUCGAAGCAUGAUCUUACAUCAACAAUUGCAUAUUUUCGCCCAGAUAGUGAUCCAGCUGAGCGGAAACAUGUACUAUCUCUCAUGACUAGAAUGUUCACUUAUUGCCCGGAGAAGCGCCUGACCGCGGCAGAACUUCUACAGGACCCCUCUUUCAAAGCUAUCAUGGACAAAAAUGGCUGCUGA